UGCGGGCCGAGGCUGUGUGGGCUGAGGCGACGAGCUAGGCGGCGGCGCCCCAGAGCCGAGGGGACGCGCGGGCGUCGCGCAGCGGGAGCGGACGCUUCGGAUCAGACGCAGGGGCCCCGGCGGGAGAGCUCGGCCUCGCCGCUGCGCGCCUGGCGGGUGCCGGCCGCUUCCCGGGCCCGGAGCGGCCGCCGCCCCGGGAGACGCGCGGUGACACGGGCCUAAGGCGCCGCGGGCCGCGGGCGUCCUCGCCGUUCGGAGCCGUGCGGCCCGGGUCGGGCCGGGGACGAGCGCUGGGGCAGGUGCAGCCCCCGAGGCCCGCGAACGAGGUGCCCACCGUGCCGCUCCGCUCGUCCCGGCUCUCAGCGGCCGCGCGCCCCCCUCCGGGGCCGGAGCCGGGUCGGCGCCCCGCCUUCUCCGGGGAGCGCCCGGCGGGAGCGGCCCGGACCCCGGGCUCGCGCGGGAGACGACGCGCCACAAACUUUGCCUUUUAUUGUUCCUAACCCUUUAAGUGCAAGGGGUUCUGUCGGGGCUGGGAAGAUGUCCUUCUUCAAUUUCCGUAAGAUCUUCAAGUUGGGGAGCGAGAAGAAGAAGAAACAGUACGAACACGUGAAGAGGGACCUGAACCCUGAAGAGUUCUGGGAGAUUAUUGGAGAACUGGGCGACGGAGCCUUUGGGAAAGUGUAUAAGGCCCAGAAUAAAGAGACCAAUGUUUUAGCUGCUGCAAAGGUAAUUGACACCAAAUCUGAAGAAGAACUUGAAGAUUAUAUGGUCGAGAUUGACAUAUUAGCAUCUUGUGAUCACCCAAACAUAGUCAAGCUUCUAGAUGCCUUCUAUUAUGAGAACAAUCUCUGGAUCCUCAUUGAAUUCUGUGCCGGGGGAGCAGUGGAUGCUGUGAUGCUUGAACUUGAGAGACCAUUAACUGAGUCCCAAAUCCAAGUAGUUUGCAAGCAGACAUUAGAGGCAUUGAAUUACUUACAUGACAACAAAAUCAUCCACAGAGAUCUAAAAGCUGGCAAUAUUCUUUUUACCUUAGAUGGAGACAUUAAAUUAGCGGAUUUUGGAGUAUCAGCUAAAAAUACCAGGACAAUUCAAAGGAGGGAUUCAUUUAUUGGCACACCAUAUUGGAUGGCUCCUGAAGUAGUCAUGUGUGAGACAUCAAAGGACAGACCUUAUGACUACAAAGCUGAUGUUUGGUCCCUGGGUAUUACUUUAAUAGAAAUGGCUGAGAUAGAGCCACCUCAUCAUGAGUUAAAUCCUAUGCGAGUGCUGCUGAAAAUAGCAAAAUCUGAGCCCCCAACAUUAGCACAGCCAUCAAAAUGGUCUUCAAAUUUUAAGGACUUUCUAAAGAAAUGCUUGGAAAAGAAUGUGGAUGCUCGGUGGACCACGUCUCAGCUGUUACAGCAUCCCUUUGUUACCGUUGAUUCCAACAAACCAGUCCGAGAGUUGAUUGCUGAGGCAAAGGCUGAAGUAACAGAAGAAGUUGAAGAUGGCAAAGAAGAUGAUGAUGAUGAAGAAACAGAGAAUGCUCUGCCAAUACCUGCAAAUAAACGUGCCUCCUCUGACCUCAGCAUUGCCAGCUCUGAAGAAGAUAAACUUUCACAAAAUGCUUGUAUUUUGGAAUCUGUGUCAGAAAGAAUAGAACACAGUACUUCUGGGGAUAAAUUUAGCAACAGACUUAAUGAGAAAGCUCCUACUGACGGACCUGAGAAGGCUGUGGAGUGUAUUAAUGAGCAUGCAGAUGAUGUUAGCUUAGAAGCUGUGGCUGAACUAAAUGACCAAAUGGCAGGGAUCCAUGAGAAUGGGAGAGAGAAGAAAAGACUCAAGCUGGAAAAUCUGCCAGAUACAGAAGACCAGCAAACUGUGGAUGUUAAUUCAGUCAGUGAAAGAAAUGAGAAUAAUAUAGUAACUUUAGAAGUGAACACAGAUCGUCUGAAACCAGAGGAAGACAAAAAUAAAGAAAACCAAGAGAUACUUGAGAAUAAACUUUCACCAUCUGAAGAAAUUAAAGAUAUACAUAUUCAUACAGUGGACUUAGUUUCUCAAGAGACUGGAGAAAAAGAGGCAGAUUUUCAGGCAGUUGACAGUGAAGUUGGGUUUACAAAGGAAGAAACCCAAGAGAAAUUGGGAAAAGAUGAUACAGCUCAAAAAGUUGUCAUCAGUGACAGAAGCAGUGAGGUGGGAGCAGACGAGGCUCUAGAUGGUAGUCAGAAGGCUGCUGAGCACAGCAAGGAUGCACAGAGUGGGACUGUGGAGGGAGCUCUGGAGCCUACCCAGACUCUGACAGAGCAGCCCACAGAGGACCCUGAGGCGGGUGGUGCUGAGGAAGAGCCUCCUGCUGGAGAGAGAGUGGAAGAUAGACAACUAGAGCCACAGUCUGCAGUGUGUGAAGGUGAGACACAGUCAACCAGCACUUCAAAGACCACACGGGCAACCCUGGAGGAACCAGACACAGAUGAAGUUGAGCAAGUCAGUGAGUCCAAUAGCACUGAGGAACUAGAGAGACUUGUAGUUCCUGGGGCUGAGGAACGGGCUCGAGGGAGUGAAGAUGAGGCUGCUGCUACUGAGGUCGAUUUGGAGAAGAAAGAAAAUGCACAGAAAGUGCCAGUUAAAGCAGAGCCCCAAGCUCCUGCAGCAUCGCAGCCCAGCGAGCCUCACCCUGUCUUAAUACCCAGUAUUAAUAUUAAUUCUGAAAACACAGAAAAUAAAGGAGAAAUGGGUGCUUUACCAAAACCUGAAACCAUACUGCCACCAGAGCCUGAAAAUGAAAAGGGAAAUGACACGGACUCAGGCACUGGGUCCACUGUGGAGAACAGCAGCAGUGACCUGAACUUGUCCAUCUCUAGCUUCCUCAGCAAAACUAAGGACAGUGGCUCAGUGUCUCUACAGGAGACAAGAAGACAGAAGAAAACAUUGAAGAAAACACGCAAAUUUAUUGUUGAUGGUGUAGAAGUGAGUGUAACAACAUCAAAGAUAGUUACAGACAGUGACUCCAAAACUGAGGAAUUGAGGUUUCUCAGGCGUCAGGAACUUCGAGAGCUAAGGUUUCUUCAGAAGGAAGAGCAGAGAGCCCAGCAGCAGCUCAAUGGGAAACUGCAGCAGCAGCGUGAGCAGAUCUUCAGGCGCUUUGAGCAGGAGAUGCUGAGUAAGAAGCGACAAUAUGACCAAGAAAUUGAGAAUCUAGAGAAGCAGCAGAAACAGACAAUUGAGCGGCUAGAACAAGAACACACUAACCGCCUGAGAGACGAAGCUAAGCGCAUCAAAGGAGAGCAGGAGAAGGAGCUGUCCAAGUUCCAGAGCAUGCUCAGAAACCGCAAGAAGGAGGUUAUAAAUGAAGUGGAGAGAGCGCCCAAAGAGCUGAGAAAAGAGCUCAUGAAACGCAGGAAAGAGGAGCUUGCCCAGAGCCAGCAUGCUCAGGAACAAGAAUUUGUUCAGAAGCAACAACAAGAGUUAGAUGGCUCUCUGAAAAAGAUUAUCCAACAGCAGAAGGCAGAGUUGGCCAACAUUGAGAGGGAGUGCCUGAACAACAAGCAGCAGCUCAUGAGAGCUCGAGAAGCUGCGAUUUGGGAGCUUGAAGAGCGACAUUUACAAGAAAAGCACCAGCUGCUUAAACAGCAGCUUAAGGAUCAGUAUUUCAUGCAGAGACAUCAGCUGCUUAAACGCCACGAGAAGGAAACAGAACAAAUGCAGCGUUACAAUCAACGACUUAUUGAAGAAUUGAAAAACAGACAGACUCAGGAACGAGCGAGGCUGCCCAAGAUUCAAAGAAGCGAAGCCAAGACACGAAUGGCCAUGUUUAAAAAAAGUUUGAGGAUUAACUCAACAGCCACGCCAGACCAGGACCGGGAAAGAAUCAAACAGUUUGCUGCACAAGAAGAAAAGAGACAGAAAAAUGAGAGAAUGGCUCAGCAUCAAAAACACGAGAGCCAGAUGCGGGAUCUCCAGUUGCAGUGUGAAGCCAACGUGCGAGAACUGCAUCAGCUGCAGAAUGAAAAAUGUCACCUGUUGGUUGAACAUGAGACUCAGAAACUGAAGGAGUUGGAUGAGGAGCACAGCCAAGAGCUAAAGGAGUGGAGAGAGAAGCUGAGACCCAGGAAAAAGACCCUGGAAGAAGAGUUUGCCAGGAAGCUGCAGGAACAGGAAGUGUUCUUUAAAAUGACUGGGGAGUCCGAAUGUCUCAACCCAUCAGCCCAGAGCCGGAUCUCCAAAUUCUACCCCAUUCCCACCUUACAUUCCACUGGGUCAUAGCAACAAGCGUCCUCAUCUGGAUUUGGCUUCUAAGUAUAUCAUUGUAUUUUCUUCAUCUUCCACAGUAUGUAUGGCUACAAAGACAAUCACCCGUUUCAUCUUCUUGGUGGUUUUUAAAAUUUCUUUCUUGGAUUUUAUUGUUUAACAAAGAUGAAGGGCAAACGAACUAAGAUAGAUGCUAGGCCUUGUUGGCACUGCGGCGUCUUGCAGUAAUUCCCUAAGGUGAUUGUGUAUAUUUACCUUAAAUAUUGUAUUCUUUAGACACUGUUGAAAACUGCCAGAGACAUAAUGCUUAAAGUUAUUUGGAAAAUAUAUCUGUUACAUCACUAAGUAUUAAUAAAUAUUGUUUUACCUGAUUUCUCAAUGAUGCUAAAUUCUAUAGAUAGGAUUCUGCUGUAGAAUUGGAAUAAUUUUCUUUUGGUAAACCAACUCUUAUUUUAAAAAAAAGCCAUGCAUUACAGAAAUGUGUUAUUGAUUCAAUACAUAGAUAUAUUUUUAUCACUAAACAGGAUCAAAAUCUUUUAAAAGAGAAAAGUUAUUUCAGUAAUUUGUCACAGACAUUGGCCUGUGUGAGUAGGAGCUGAUUAUUAAGGUGCUAAUUUACUAAGAUAGUGCCUAAAACACUAAAUUGUAAACAUAUAUAAAGUGGGGUUUUCCUUUUGGUCAACAGGAACAAAGUAACCUUCUCACUGAACAUCACUGUUUUAAAAACUAGCUUAUAUUACCAUUCAAUAGAAAAUUAUAUCCUAAACAAGUGUUGUCCGAAGCUUGGAAAGAUGGAGGAGCUCACAGCGUUAAGAUGUGCGUUGUGGAGCUCCCCUCCUCACUCUGAGUGCUAACCUGUAGCUCAGCAGCUGUCACCGAGAGCUCAGGUGACUCUGUGCCCUGAGCUACAGUCACAGCUACACUUCUGAAGCUACGCUUAGAAGACGUGUUUGUCCACAAAGGAUUUUCAUUCAUAUCAGGCACACACCCAAAGUGACACUGGGUUGUUUCCAAUGAGGUUAUUCAAGUGCAUUUUGGUUUUAUUUUGUUCUGUGUUUAAAUUAAUUACUUUGAGUAGAAAAGAGUGAUGUCUUUAUCAUGUGGUUGCUGGUACAUGUGAUUGUUGAUGCAAUGUUCACUCUUAGUUCCUUUUGACGUUCAGAAUCUCACCAGCCACAUGUCAGGUCCACAGUGUUACAAACAGUGUAUUUGUGAACCGUGCUUGCUGCCUGCCAUUGGCAACCUGGUCUCUUUUUAGAGUGCUGGGAACCACAUUGUUACCAGUAUUUAGUUAUGGUUUGAGGUUGGUGAAAAGUAGAAGUCUCAGUGUAAGGGGAACAGCAGUUCAUGUAAGAAACUGUAGAUGUCUAUAGUGCGUUCUUGCAGUUCAUUUGAAACUUUGGAUGGUGAGCUUUAUCUGGUUUAGAUGGUCUUAAAAUGCAUGUGUAAUUUUAUUUUAUAAUUAUUUUGGCAAGUAUAAUUUUUCUGGACAACCUUGUAGGUAGCCUUAACUUUCAGCCAACUUUGUUUUUAUAUAAAUAUAAAUAUAUAUAUAUACAUAUAUAUAUAAUGUAUGGUUGUAAAUUCAUACACUUAUCACAUGAAUGUGUUACUAUAUACAGAACUCUUAAUGCUUUAUUUUCAGAUGCUGGGUUGAAAACUGUUGGAAAGCCUUUAAAUAUAUAUCUUUAUAAAGUAAUAUUCAGGAUGAUGAUGGAAAUUGUUUAUAUUGUUAUGAUAAAAGAUGGUAUUAUGUUGCCCAGUGUAUUUAAUGACUUAUUUGAAGAGGCAGAGGGGAGGAAGGCUCUCACACCACUUUCUCCUUUGAAUUUUUACAAAUCAACCUUCAGUCAGUGGAUUUUCUUUUCAGUUUCAUUCAGGUAAUUCAGACAUGAUUUGAUCUGACUGAAUGCCCUUCCUGUUCCUUGACAUUUAGAGCCUUGUAUCUGGGAGGGAGGGUAAAGGGUGUCUCCUGAAGCCCUGCCCUCUAGAUUCCCAGCUCCUGCUUGGAGUUUUCUUUCAGGCAUGCUCGCCUUCCUGUGUGUGCAGGACUGUUAGUGGAGCACACUUCUCAGCACUUCAGGUUAUGCAUAAGAAGUGUUUUAUAACAGAAUGUGCUGUUUCUAAACAAACCUGCCUACUUCUUCUAAGGCCUUAUACCAAGUAGAUAAUAGUGAUUGUUCUUUCCUGCAUGAAGUAUAGGUGGAGAGGGGCUGAGGGGCCAAGGCAUCCAUCCAUACAGUGAGUCCAUUCCUGAUUAGAUCACUCAGUUGCUGUGGCAGAACGUGCCAUGCAGUGCAUAAAGGAAAUUGUCUGCAGUCACUGCCCCAUCACCUGCAUGCUGUGGACACACCACACCUCCUCACACCUCCUUCCACCUCCUUGGUCUAGCUCCUUGAGCCCUGGUACAGGGCUUCCUCCCUAGCCCUGUCGAGGCUCAGGCUGUUGGUUGCUGACUUAGCUGUAGUUUGAGGUGGAGUCAUGUUAAGCUCGUUCAUACCCUUUCUGUGCGUCAGGAGGACAUUUGGAGUUUUAGGUUGUUGAAAAUCUUGGAAGCUUCUCACAAGACAGGACAUGGCAAGUUGUAACUAGAUAGGAAGCAGAACCAGAGCUACCUCUACGCAGUGUUUUCUCAAGCACACGCUCUCAGGCAUAUGAGACCCUCAUGGAGGCUCUCUGAUUUCUUGAGCAUCAGCAAGUCGCAGAAGUGAUUGUUUUUUGUACUUCCAGGUCCCUCAUACCUCCACACUUUCCCCCAUUCUACACUGUGCUUAUUAAAUGACAAAGACUCUUCUAAGAAGCCAAAUUCGGCUAAAUUAAUCACUAGAAACAUUGCAGAAUCAAACACCUAGAGCUGCAGUGGAAGAAGAGAGCGUUAGCUCUCUGCGAGCCUUCUGGUCCUCUCUGGAGAUGAUCGUGUAGGACACGGGGUGGUGAUUUUUAGCGCUUCUCUUAAGUCAGAGGCAACAGUUGAUGUCUCUGCUGUACUGUUCUUUGGCUGACAUGGUUUUAAUAACGCUUUAAAAUUUCUGCUACAAAGCUCGGGGUAGAGUGUUUUAUCAGUUUCAAAUGUUGGCUGCAGCUUCAAAAUGUGGUUCUUUGCAGUAUAAUAAAUUCACAAGUUAAGUUUUCAAAGAGAACUUUGUUUCAUAUAUGCUUCUUGUCUAUUUGGGAUCAGAAACAUGUCUUUUCAAUCAUGGGAUUGUCAAACAAUAAAGCUAUUUCUUAAUCUA